GACAACAUGGCGUCUGUUGACAAUUGGCGCACACGUUUAAAUGAUCUGAAAAUCUUUAAAGAACUGCGUGAAAACAAUAGCACAGAUUCAAAACAGAAGAAAAAACCAUACUCCAAAAGUCUGCUCAAGAUUUUGGACAGUGAUUUGUAUGUUUGGGAUGGUUAUGCUUCGCAGUUACUGAAUUAUGAUGUCAAAAAUCUGCAACUUGACUCUUUAGAAAAGAAAUCACGAUUUCAGACCUUGUUGUGUACAGAUCCUCCACGAUAUGAAAUUGACAGCAUUGAAUUUAACAGUACAAAUAGUUUUCUGGCAGUAUGGGGAAGCUCAGGUGUCAUGGUUAUGGAAAUGCCACAGAGAUGGGGGAAGUAUUCAGAAUUUGAGGGAGGAAAACCAGUAGUUAUUUGCAAAACAACCAGUGUUGCAGAGCAUUACUUUGCUAGUCACAAAAGUGUACAGAUUCUCCAUGUGGCCUGGCAUCCUGGCAGUGACACCGAUUCUCACCUGACGAUACUCACCUCAGACAAUCUCUUAACUACUUAUGAUUUGAAGGAGCCAGAUAUUCCCAUUCACUCCGUGAAGCUUGGCGAUUCUGUGCAGGAACUAACAGAUUCUCCAAACAAGCCUUCUUACAGAGCAGCGUUAGGCGAGGUGGCAGCUUCCUUUGACUUUGGUCCUUCAGUGGAACUCAGAAGAAAGAACCGUCUUCACUCAACACUUGUUAACCCUGACGAAGUCUGGCCAGCUUAUGUAGUAUAUGGGAAUGGAGAUGUCAAUAUUGUAUAUACUGAUGUCACUCCAGAUCCUACAGGCAUGAAGCGACAGAGUACCCAGGGGCCUUUACUGAUGCACCCCCCUGCCGAGGACAACUAUGGAUUCGAUGCCUGCUCUAUAGCCAUUCUUGCCACUAGCCCACCAGUGUUAGUUAUGGCUACAAGAGAUGGAAAACUCCACCACUGUCUGGUGAUGCAGUCUGAUUUGAGGGAUACCACUCUUCAGUCGGAGAGUCAUUCUGAGAGUUCCAUUGACUCGAGCCUUCUGUACGAGACCCCAGAGGAAGUUUCACUGUACGUCUACGAGAGCGUGGAACUGGAGUUGUCCCUGACAACCAGCUCUGUAGAAACUGAUGAGUACAUAGAGGACACAUUUACCUGUCCAAUCAAAAUCAUCAAAGACUCAGUUGCCCCAGACAGGUAUCACUGCAUGCAUUCAGCAGGCGUCCACACCAUUGUGUUACCAUGGAUACAGGAAUACCACAAGUAUUUCACAGAUGACCAGAGUGACAGAGUUCCGGAGCAUGAGGACUGUAUUGUAGAACAUCUAAUCUGUACCAAACCCCUCCCCUCCAGUCCUGUUGCUCCUGUCCUGGGGCUUGGUUUAGUCAAGGGACUUUCCGUGGAGCCCUACCUCCUGACCUUGACCUCAGAUUAUGAACUGGUCUCCCUCCCCCUUUGUCCUAGCAGAUACCGGGACAGCGGUGAUACUCUCCACUCCUCAGAGAAUCCUGAAGCCAUUGAAUCUCCACUGAGACGCUUGAACCGGGAACCAUUUGAUGUCUACAUCAAGAAAAUACUGCAGCGCAAUGUCACCAACCCAAAGAUUAAAUUUGACAAGAAAACAGAAAUAUCCCAGCAGGAAUGUUUCCAGCUUUUGACACGUACCACUCAAGUUUUCCGUGAAGAAUACCUACUGAAACAAGAGCAAGCUCAGCAGGAAAUACAAAAAAGAGUAAGGAUCCUGAGAAGUCUGAGGUCCCAACAAGAAGAGGACAUUGCAAAUUUACAGGAGUCUCGGAACAAAGUCAGAGACAUGGCGGAAAACCUGGCCACAAAGUACAGUGAUUGUCAGGAUAAGCAGGAGGAAAUCCUACAAAGGAUUGAAGAUGUGAUGAGACGAUUACAGGAGAGGAUGCCAUCAAUGUCUGAGGCAGAGAGAGGGAUGAAGAGAGAGCUAGAGACAAUGGAGGAACAACUGGAGGUGUACAAGAGAUCUCUAGAGCAGCUGAAAAUAAAACAGGACUACCAGAGAAGACAGAUAGCCCAGACACCCAACAGACUCCUCUCCAGUCCCAUACUGAAGCCUGGUCAACUCAAACAGAUAAAGGACGUGUUGAAGCAAGAGGGAGAUGACUUGGGUGAAAUGCUGCAAAAAGUCAAUGCUUUAAAACUUGAAGCAGGAGUCUGAUAGAAACUGUAACUGAAAGCUUUGGCAGCAACAAACUCAGUGGAUAGCCAGGGAAUAUUUCUGUUAAGUGUUGCUGAGUGGUGAAAAUAUUGACUAGUUUGUUUAAAGUUAUUCCCCAUGCAUUGUAAAAUAUGACAGGGCCAAGAAACUGAAGUCUUGACAAACAGCAGUGUUGUAAUUUAGGUGAAAGUGACCUAUGUAAUUGUUACUUGUGUUAAUAAUAAAAAUAAAGACUGAAA